AGGUAGCAGCAAGGAAGAGAGCAGUGCAGAAACGGAAUCAGAUGCAGUGAAGUCUGUGAGUUGACAGUGGGGUGCACGAGAACAGGCGUUCAGUAGUGGUGGAGGCGGAGGAGGUUUAGGGGAAAGAAUUGUUUUCUGUGUGCGCGAGAAACGUGUCGACAAGUAACGAGUCUCUGAAAACGGGUCGUCGUUGGUGAUGGUGAAAUGAUUCUCUAGCCCGAGGUUUUUGACUUGGUCCGGACGGACAAAAGAGGAAGACCUUUUGUAUAUCGCUGCUGUUCAAGAGACCGUACGUUUGUUCAUCCGUAGAAAACAUCAUUAAACGCUGACGUCGCGGAAUUCGUCCCGUGUCGUUUUCCUUCGUGGCGAGCGUCCGAACAUCCAACGACUGACUUAGCGACCAUCACGCGCGCGUGUCUUUGUUUUUUUUUCUCGGUGCUGAAUAACUGUACGAGGAAAACAGAGAGAGUGUGUUAUAUCACAGUGGUGAAAAGACCGAUACGUUUCGUGGGUUUCUGCUGUGGUAAAUAAUCCGUAGCAGUCAGAGGCCCUUCCUAAACGACGAUCGAGCUCAGCUGAUUCAAGGACUUGCUGUUGAAGGGCUCUGCUGCGUUAAUAGACGAUAAAUAUGUCGUCCCCCAGCGCUGGAAAACGACGUAUGGACACGGACGUUCUCAAAUUAAUAGAAAGUAAGCACGAAGUGACGAUAUUAGGAGGAUUAAACGAAUUUUCCGUCAAAUUCUACGGACCACGGGGAACACCUUACGAGGGUGGAAUAUGGAAAGUGAGGGUUCACUUACCCGAGCACUACCCCUUCAAAUCUCCUUCGAUCGGCUUUAUGAACAAGGUGUACCACCCUAACAUUGACGAAGUCUCAGGCACCGUGUGUCUAGACGUAAUAAACCAGGCUUGGACUGCCCUUUACGAUUUGUCGAAUAUAUUCGAGUCCUUCCUGCCCCAGUUGUUAACAUAUCCUAAUCCAAUCGACCCGUUAAAUGGCGACGCAGCGGCCAUGUAUCUACACAAACCUGAGGAGUACAAGAAGAAAGUAGCAGAUUACGUGAGGAAAUACGCAACGGAGGAGGCGCUAAGGGACCAGGAGAACAGCGGUACUGAAAACGGGGUGUCGUCCGAUAGCGAGUCUUCGAUGAGCGACUUCAGCGAGGACGAGGCGCAGGACAUGGAGUUGUAACCAAAUAUUUUACCAUCCGUACCCAUAUCCUUAAUCUCGAUUUCUUGUAAACUCCGACCGCUCGUCCUACCAAAUAGAUGCUUACAUUUCGAACCUCCGAACCUCACUAUCGGUUUAGCUGCGUGGCACACUCGUCACUUUGUUUCGUAGGGAACGUUGAACCGCGACCAGGUUGUCCGUUAACGAAUCGGGAGAUAAAAAGAAAAGAAAAAAAAGAUAAAAGGGAACGCAUACGUAAACGAAAGAAGAGAAAAUGAAAAGGAAACGAAAUUUGAAGGAAAGGAGAAAGUACGAGAACGAUGAUGUAUACGUAGAAAAAAAAGGAUAUCGCUUUUGAAGUUCUCUUUACGCGAGAGAUUGGCGCUCUCGUCGUCGCCGUCGUCGUGUUUUUCAACGAGGGACGUUGACGAGAAAAAUGAUACGCGCCGUUUUCGAGAAAGAAACGCCUCGUUUUUUUGCAUUUUUUUUUUUUUUUGAUUUUCUUCUUUUAAAUUCACGGCUUUGCUACCGAUUGAUCGAACGUCGAUACCUUCAGAUUGUUGGCGAUCUGGCAUCGAUCGAAUAGUCGCGAAUCAUCGUGCGUCGUUGACGUUCCGUUUAACGAUCGUACGCGCGGUUGCGCCGUCAAAUUCUACGAUGAAUUAUUCUGGAAAAAUUGUUUCUUUUCUUUUUUUUUUUUUUUUCGUUGAAUAUUUUUGUUCGAUUAUUCCUCCACGUUUCGAAUUCUUCGUCGAUCUCCCUCUGGUUCUUUCUCUUUCUUUUUUUCCCCUUCCCGAUCGAGUCGAGUCAGAAACACAGACAGUCUUGGGGCGUUAAAAAGAACGAUGCACGAGCAUGAAAGAAAGAUCACGUUCGCUCGACAAGUAUGUAUAUCUUUCGGAUGUCGUAAUUCACAUUACGCUUGUUAUUCUCUGUCUCUCUGUGCGCUCUCGUUAUUCGUACAGGUGCCACGAGCAAGCACGAUAUAGAUCUCGAAUCAACAUCGAUUUCGAAUAAACAUUCGUUUCACGUGUUUUCGAAAAUGCUUGCUCGUAGAGUAACGACUCUUUUGUAAUUUGCACGAUAAUUUGUCACCAGACUAUUGCAUCGUAUUUGAAAUUGACAGGAUUCGUACGUUUGUAACUACACGAAGAGUCAACGAUGCGAUAAAACUAAAGAAAAAAAAAAAGCUAUUGUUUUCCGCUCGUUUAACGUUCCAACGAAUUAUUUCUUUUUGUUGUUUGCCGUGGUUCAAAAGAUAUAUCUGGUUAUUAGACGAUCUCUUUUCUUUUUUCUUAUGUUCACAAAAUGAAUUAUCAUGCGAAAGAGAAACAAAAAAGAAAAAGCGGAAUGGAAAAUAGGAUACUAGGUGCGUCUUCCUCUUUCUGUUCUGUCAUCACCAUCCCUGAACGUUUCCCUCGUAGGGCGCAGCAACGAGAAAAGGCUUCGUCAACAGUGUUGAAGACACUGACAAAUCUACGAUAUAAACGGCGUUUAAGUAGCGAUGUUAAUGUCGGGACAUCCCAGCCACAGUUGAAAUCUGCACGGUCAACGUUUUUCGACGGAAGGGAAACGAUCGAAGACACUGGUCACUUACGAACGACCUCGGCCUCCUGUCUCGAGACACACGCGAACACAUCGAACGUACGAAUUUUCAGAGAGUUGCGAGAGGACAACGACGCGGCGUACACACCGGAGUUGCGUCAGUAUUCGGAAAUGGACGUAGAUUUCAUUCACUCGGGAGGAAGUAGAAGCAAUCUGGACACAACCGUCUAACGGCUCAUCGCGAAAAUUUCUCUGGUGAUAUUCUCACGAUUAUUUUAUCAUAAAAAAAAAGUAAGAAAAGAACAAAAAAAAAAAAAAAGAAAAAAAGAGAAAAAGAAACAAAUGACUUUAGAGCAAUUAAUAUUGUUUGUACAAGGAUUUUUCUAAACGCAUGGUAUGAAAAGUUUUUCCAAAUUUUUAAUCGAAACGAGAGAGUCGCUUGUAAGAGUGAAAAAAUGACUUCGUUCGAGCGCCGUGGUGUAUGUAAUAUUUUAUUUGCGUGGAAUAAGAAAGGAUGGAAAAAGGAAAAAAAAUUUUUUUUUGAUACGAUCGAUAUUUUUUAGAGGUAACUUUAAACUGCGCGUUCAUGCAAGUCGUAUUCAUGCAUCGUGUUUUUUCUUUCUUUUUUUUUUUUAAUUCUAUCGACGUUCGGCUUAAUCGAGAGAACAAAGCGCAUACGGCGUGAAAGUCUGGGGCAGAAUUGGCGAGAAGCAAAGGAAAUCAAUGGAUGAUAGAAGAAUAUCUAGUGGAAGUGAGGAAUCGUUUCUUUUUUCCGAUGAUGCGAAAAGGCUUGUAGCAAACGGGAGGACACGAAUUUGUACAAAUCUUGGUGCACAAUAAUCUUCGUUUAGUUGUAACUCGCUUCAAACUGAUCUCUCUCCUUUUGCGUGGUUUACGUAUAUGCAAUACGAUCAACUAUACGUGCAAGUAUAGAAAAUGAUAUUUUAGUGCCUUCUCAGGCAGAAAAUUGUGCCUUAUUACAUGGGUCUCUGUAAAAAAAAAAAAAAAAAAAAAAAA